CCUUGGCCGUGCACGGGCAGGGAGUCUACAUCGUCACACAGGAGGAGAUGGUACGCCUGGAUAUGGACACAUCCUCCGCGUCCUUGAAGUUCCGAUGGGCCACUCCCUACGGACGAGGCGGACUCCCUUGGUACACGUCCCGUCUGGGCCCGGGCUCGGGCUCAACGCCCUCCUUGACCUCCUGCCAAGGCCGAGAUAUGGUGGUGAUCACCGACGGCGAGUUGAGAAUGAAUCUGAUCUACCUGGAUGCGGAGACGGCACGCACGCCCGUCGAUUUUGGCGCGAAAGUCGACGCCUCCCGACUCACUUCCGAGCAGUCGGUGGCCGUGCGCGGGUGUAAGGCCUUCGUUGUGAACAAUUAUGUGGGCACGGACGGCUUGGACGCCGACACCCAGUGCACGGACGCCCCACGGCGUCAAGGGAAGGAGGAGCUGGCCGCGUUCUGUAAUAAAGCGCUGAAGCAGCUUUGGGCGCGGGACGACGUGAGCUGCGGCACUUCCAUUCCCCUCAUCAGCGGACCCUCCGACGGCAGGUAG